GGAGGAGGCGGAGGCGGAGCUGGUCGUCCCGGGCCCGGACGAAGCCUCCCAAGGUGCCCUGCCUGGGCCCUCCGGGGGGAAGUUCAUUAGACCAGAGAUUGUCCGUUUCCUUGGUAAGGCGGGUCGCCUGUCCCAAUCAGGUACGAUUCUGCCUUCUGUACCCCCGGGGCCCCUCAGUGUAAAGUGGCAGAUGGUAUUAUCUCGGCGGAGACACCGGCGGAGGGCCGCGGUACAGACACCCGGCGUGACGGGCGGACUGUGCACGCAUGCGCAGAGGUGCGGCAUGAGGGUGGGAGCCGUGGAACCCCUACCUCUGGCCUGCGCAGUGUACGAGUCUUCCUCCUCUUCGAGACCAUGUUAUUGCAAUAGCAGCAAACGUCUUGAGAGUCCUCACCAUUCAUCGUGGUUUUCCUGGCCUGUGGCAGCUCCUUCCUAGCGAGCUAUGGAGCUUAAAGUCUUUUGGACACUUGAGUCUAUUCAAUGCAGUAUCAGACCAGAUCAUUUCUAGGAAGAACUCUGAGUACAAUAAUGAACACAGUGUACGUGAUGAUGGCUCAAAUCUUAAGAUCUCACCUGAUAAAGGCUACAGUGAUUCCUAAUCGAGUGAAAAUGCUUUCUUAUAUUGGUAUCAUUAGAAAUAGAAUGAUGUCAACCCAUAAAUCUAAAAAGAAGAUCAGAGAAUAUUAUAGGCUGCUGAAUGUGAAGGAAGGAUGCUCUGCAGAUGACGUCAGGGAAUCUUUUCGUAAGCUUGCCAAGCAGUAUCAUCCUGACAGUAGCUCUAAUACUGCUGAUUCUGCAACAUUUAUAAGAAUUGAAGAAGCUUAUAGAAAGGUGCUUUCACAUGUGAUAGAACAAACAAAUGCCAGACAGAAUGAAGGUGAAGAAGAAGAAGAUGCAGAAAAAUUCAAAUAUAAAACACCCCAACACCGGCAUUAUUUAAGUUUUGAAGGUAUUGGUUUUGGGACGCCAAGUCAACGAGAGAAGCAGUACAGGCAAUUUAGGGCAGACCGUGCUACUGAACAAGUGAUGGAGUAUCAAAAGCAGAAACUACAAAGCCAGUAUUUUCCUGAUAGUGUAACUGUUAAAAAUAUAAGACAGAGCAAAGAACAAAAGAUAACUCAAGCUAUAGAGCGUUUAGUGGAGGACCUCAUUCAAGAAUCCAUGGCAAAAGGAGACUUUGACAAUCUCAGUGGGAAAGGAAAACCUCUGAAAAAGUUUUCUGACUGUUCUUACAUCGAUCCCAUGACUCACAACCUGAACCGAAUAUUGAUCGAUAAUGGAUACCAACCAGAAUGGAUCCUAAUGCAAAAGGAAAUAAAUGAUACUAUUGAGCAACUCAGAGAGGCAAUUUUAGUGUCUAGGAAAAAACUUGGGAAUCCAAUGACCCCAACUGAACAGAAGCAAUGGAACCAUGUUUGUGAGCAGUUUCAAGAAAACAUCAGAAAAUUAAACAAGCGAAUUAAUGAUUUUAAUUUAAUUGUUCCCAUCCUGACCAGGCAAAAAGUCCAUUUUGAUGCUCAGAAAGAAAUUAUCAGAGCCCAGAAAAUAUAUGAGACCCUUAUAAAAACAAAAGACGUCACAGAUAGAAACUCAAAUAACAUUGAUCAAGGACAAGAAGAGAAAACGCCUGGAAUUAAGAAAGGUUUUUUAAACUGGAUGAAUUUAUGGAAAUUUAUUAAAAUAUGAUCAUUUUGAUAAUUACUAUCAUAAAUCAUUCUUAGUUCCACUGA